AUGGUAACAGCAGCUGCUGGUUUUUAUGGAUGUCGAUACUGGUCCUCAUCUGGCUGGUCAGAGCCCAGUGACCCCCUGGUGCUGAUUGUGACAGGCCAGUAUGCCAAGCCCAUCCUCUCAGCCAUGCCCAGCUCUGUGGUGGCCCCAGGGGAGACUCUGCCCAUGGGGGAACUUACCGAUGUUACACUUUUGAUAGUAGCAUUCCCCUAUGUGUGGUCAGCCCCCAGUGAGCCCCUGGUCCUCAGGGUCACAGACCCUCCUGAAGAACACAGCCUCCCAGGUACCUGGGAACCAGAGCCUCCAAGUUAUGCUGCUCCCCAGGAUAUCACUGUGGGCAACCUGGUUCGCCUCAGCCUGGCUGGGCUGGUCCUCAUCAUCCUGGGGGUCCUGCUGGCUGAAGCCUGGCUUAGCCAGAGGGGACAGUGAGGAAGAGAUGCAGGAUCGCAGGACAGAGGGAAGACACAGCUGGGGUUCACUGACUGUCAGCAUCCCAAAGACUCAUUGAGGCAUCAGGUUCUGCCCAGCUCCAGACAGAGGGAGACCCCUGCCUUCCCAGGGACAUUCUGCUGGCCCAAGCUGAUAAUGGCCAGCCCUUCCAUCGGCCCCCCUCCCUCUUCACCACCACACUGCUGUGACCCCCUAUGCUCACACUCCCCUCCCCACCUCAGGCCCUUCCCACACUCCCAGCAGGGAUGAUCAUUGACAUCAUCUGUCAGUAAUGAAAGAGGAAAAACUAUUCCCCCAGAACACUGAAGCAUCU